AUUGCACGAUGGAGCGCCUCGCCGGCCAAUUAUAGGGAGCAUUGACUCCAAGUACCUUAAGCUGUGGUACUCAUAAAACACCUAUCUUUCCUCAUUUUUAGCAUGGCUUUUCCUUCCCUCCUACAAACCACGCCACUCCCUGACAUUAACGGGUCUUAUGUUUCCUACCGCAAUUUUGACAUCCGUCAUGGAGCAAUUCACCAUAUCUAUUAUACUACUCGCCAUAUUUGGCUUGAUUUUGCGCAGUAUAUAUCGCCUGUAUCUUCACCCCCUCCAUCAUAUACCAGGCCCAAAGUUGGCGGCAAUUUCUCAUGCCUAUGAGUUCUAUCAUGAUGUGAUCCGAGGUGGACUGUUUGUUUGGGAAAUUGAAAAGAUGCACGAAAAAUAUGGUCCAAUUGUGCGGAUCAACCCCCGAGAAGUCCACAUCAAAGACCCGUAUUUCUACGAUGAGCUUUAUGCUCCGAGCAGCGGGGUGCGAGACAAAGACCCGAAAUCCGUAGUGAUCUUCAGUGCCCCCACCUCGUUAGUCGCAACAGUUGACCAUCAAACGCAUCGCAUGCGCCGGAAAUUACUAAACAACUUCUUUUCGAGGCGGUCGAUUGAGAAUAUCGAGCCGGUUAUCCACAAGUCGCUCUCAAGAUUCCUGGAUGGUCUUACUACAGCCCACAAGGAAGGCAGCGUAGUAGAGUUGAUCGACAGACUCCAAGGGUUGACAGGUGACGUGAUAACAGAAUAUGCGUAUGGAGAGAACUAUGGGCUCCAAGAUCCUGAGAACUAUGGCAAAGGCAUUGUCAAGGUUGUUCAGGAAGGGACGGACCAAAUUCACUUCUUUAGGUUUUUCCCUCUCGUUUCGCAACUGUUGCGAUAUGUACCCUCAUGGUUUAUGGGCCAGGUCUUCCCGGCCCGAGCGGCAAUAUACCAGCUGCUGCAUGGCGUACGGAAGCAAUCAAUCCUCGCGCUUCAGCAGAAGAACACUUCCAAUGCUCCCCAGAGGAUGACCAUUUUCCAAGCUCUUACGGCUCCAGAGGUGCCGCCCGAGGAAAGAAAUUUGCAGCGCCUCGAGGACGAGGGGCUGAUUUUGUUUGCUGCCGGUACAGAGACCACGGCGACCACCUUAUCUGUGGCUUUAUUUUACAUUCUGAAUGACAAGAGGGUCCUUUCGAAACUUCGCAGAGAAUUGGAACAAGUAAUGCCAACACCGCAACAUCCAACAACAUGGCGCGAACUUGAAAAGCUGCCAUAUUUGACGGCAGUCAUCCGCGAGGCCCUACGCUUUUCUGGAAUAGUUAUGCGACAGCAGAGAAUUUCGCCGACACAGGCCUUAAAAUACAAGGAUAUUGUGGUGCCUCCUGGGACACCAGUCAGUAUGAUCGCACGUUUCGUACAUAUGGAUCCCACCAUUUUUCCUGAUCCGACGAGGUUUCACCCUGAACGUUGGAUGCUCGCAGCAGGGCGCGAUGAAGGUCUUUCAAAGUUCCUUGUGACAUUUAGCAGAGGUAACAGGGGCUGUAUAGGCCUGAACUUGGCCUAUGCGGAACUAUAUAGUACCCUCGCAGCUGUUGUCCGUCGAUUUGAUUUGGAAUUGUACCAGACAACGCCAGAGAACAUUCGGUUCGUACGAGACAAACUUCUUCCACGGAGCAAGGAUGGUUGCUGGACGGUCCGAGUCAAGGUUGUUGGAAUCCGUGAGGAAUAGUGUACCAGGGUCGUGGAACUAAAUUUCCUCGCCGUAUACCCCUGACAUCAUGCAUUGAAUAGGGAUUUAUUGAGACAUUUUAACAAUUGUCCUUCGCUGUUUGUUGAAAAGAAGAUAUCUCGUCG